ACUCUUGUACUUUAAAUGACACCGUUUAACGAGAAGUCAGACAGUUGAAAGUUAAACCGGCCAUCACAUUCACGGGAGAAUAUCUUCAUCUUCUUCAAUCUUUUCCUCCCCAAUUCCAUAUCUCAUUUUCCUUUCUCUUUCCGUCUCAGAGACAGACAAACAAACAACAGAUGGAUAUCUCUAUAUCUCUUUCUCUAUGCGAUUCAUAGAAGCUGUCUUGCGUUUUCCUCAUAAUCUCUCCCGCUUCUCUUCCAAAUUCUUUUCUUAAUUUUCCCAUUCUUUCGCUUCUUCUUCGAAAUUCUCUUUCGUUUUCCUUCAUAUACGAGUCUCGGAUCGGAUUAUGCAUCGUUGAGUGUUGUGUUUGUAUUGUUGUAUGACGAGCGCAUCAGAGCUUUUUUAUCAGAGGAGGUCGCGGGUGGGCAGAGCCACCACCGCGGAUCUGGAGCUUGACCCUUCCAGUUCUGACCGAAAUUUUCACCUUAAUUACGCUCGUCGCCACCAUCACCAUCAUGAUAAUCAUAGCCGGUAUGAUUUGGACGGAUGUGAUCCUCCCCGGAGAUCUCCGCACGUGCGUCGCCUGUGCCAUCGGCUUUCUUCUCACGCUAAUCGUGGCCCAGGUCAGCUUGAUCAAGGUACAAGUCAGUUUGUACCAAGCAACAGUACCAGCUCAGAAACUUCAAGCAGCACAAGAAGGCCAAGAUUGACUGGAAACGAAAGGCUUCCUGGAGCUGUGCUACUUGCAAGGGCAAGACUUCUUGAGAGAUUGAGAGCGGUGUCGCUCUCUGGACACAGGCGAAGUGGCAGGGUGUCAUUUGGCAUAUACAACAGGGAGUAUACAUUUGGUGAUGACAUAAGGGUUGCUGAUGCAGGGGACUGGGGAACUGACAUUGCAUCAGGGUGGUCUGCUAGAGGAGCACCUUUACCUGACCCAACUUUCCAAACAGAAAGACUGCAAUUUGUGCAGGAAUCUUACAGGAAGAAACCACCUGGUUUAACUCAAGAGGAUCUUGCCAGUUUACCAUUCGAGUUAUAUAGCAGCUUGGAAAGGGGUGUUGAAGAGGAAAUUUGUCAAGUGUCAUGGGAUUGUAGUAUAUGUCUUGAAAGUUUCAAGGAAGGAGAUAAGCUUAUUCGCCUACCAUGUGAGCAUAGGUUCCACGCUGCCUGUUUGAAUCCCUGGGUUCGAACUUGUGGUGACUGUCCAUAUUGUCGAAGAGAUAUAGUUGUAAGUAGUCAUAAAUCAUAAAUAUAGAUUACAUGUCCUUUCUGAAAGAGAUUUUCCUCCUCCUUUUAUGUCUCUUCUUUAACUUUGUAAUGAAAGUUUCUGAUUUGACUGAGUUGAGUAUAUGGUUUGUAAUUUUGGUUUA